UCAAUCGCUCUUGGAAAACCUGUUUUCCAAACACAAAGCGAACUAGCUUCUACCUAAACCGAAACUCUGACAUCAGAAGCGUUUGUGUGUUCUGUCAGUAGUAGUUUUGGGUCACUAUAGAACCAAACUGAAAACAGAGACGGAAAGAUCUGUAGAUAAAUUAUUGGACAAUGAAUUCUUGGUUUCUUUAGCUGAUUUUUAUAAUUUGAAUCUUACCUCAAAAGACUGAGGAGAGCCAUUUCCGUGGAGGUAUUUUAAUGUGGAAACCCACAAACACCGAAAACUAAAUCAUUAUUACAUUCCGAAUGGCGUGGAGACGUUCUUAUAGCAGCUUAACAACGUGUAAUACAUUGUAAGACAACUAUUGAAGAUGGUGGUGUCAUCGCUACUCUCGGUGAUGUGAUGUGUUUUGACUGCUCGAGUUCUCCUUCAACAAUUUCAGAUGUCGGGAUCGUUUGCACUGAUUUUAGUGUGUAGGAAGACUGGACUCAAGGAGAACGCAGCAUUACGUAUACUCUCCAGAAUAAAUCUGCUCAAUUUGGAUUUACUGGAGGAGAUUGGAUAUCGCUUGCAUCUUGGGGUGGAAGCUGGGAAAUGCGCACAACAGUUGACCUAAACCGGAGACGUGACACCGGUAAAAUUAACUCAUCCCCCGUCUCUGCUAUGCCUCCGAUCAUACGUCUACAGCACAGAUGUGAGCACAACAUAACUAUCCCAGUCUAUGACAAAGAUAAUGACACAGUUCGAUGUAGAUGGGCAGAAUCCUCAAAGAGUGAAUGCGGAGGGGUCUGUCGUUCUUUUCCAAAUUCAUUUCUUGACGAGAAACGAUGCGAAAUUUCAUACACUGCCAAAAUCAAGACUGGCUGGUACGCUGUCGCCAUUCAAAUUGAGGACUUCAGUCCCUUAAACUCUACGCAUGCACUCAGUAGUGUUUCCCUUCAGUUCCUGGUAAACGUUUUCUCUUCUGAUAAACCUUGCCAAAACAAACCGAAGUUUAUAAUGCCAACACGGUUAGACGGUGCAUGUGUCGGUAUCCCAAUCAAUUCUACUUGGACAGAACAAAUCAUAGCUCGGAGUGGUGCGGAUGGAGUAAAAAUAACAGAAAUCACAACCGUAUCUCCACCUGGACUUACGACAUCGGCCUUACACUCAUAUUCUAACUCAAAUCGGGAAUGGUAUGUCGAUGCUACAUGGACCCCUAAACCAAGCCAGACCGGAGCAAAUCCAUUCUGCUACACAGCCAGCGAUUCAGACAGUUUGGUGUCAGAGAAAACCUGUAUCAACCUUUUUGUAGGAGCUGAGCCUCCAAAAAUCAUAUCUUAUCAACCGGUAGGAGAAAUACUACCCACGCAGAAGAAUUUCAUUAUCAACUUCAAUCUGCAGGUACAUCUAAAACGUCUUUCAGUGAAAGUUUGAUAGCAAUCGAGAUAAUGCAACUGUGCACGUAAUCAAUGCAGACAAUAAAUACAUGAAUGAA